AUGUCGGCUCUUCAACAAGUCAUCCUGCAUCCCUACCUGAGCCAACUGGUGCGUCCCUUCUCUCUAGCUGCUCAGACGCAAUGACUUUCCGACGACUGACGUAUUCAUUUGUCCCCCCCUUGGCCCACUUCACUACGCUCAUCUUUGCCAGCUCAAAUUCUGGUCCACCACGGUCGGAAGGGACAAGACGUACAGGUCUAUUCAGUACUUUGCUAGAUUCUUGGCUUGGUACGAGUACAGAAAGGGAGCUACCAAGGAGACUGUGGCUCGUCUUCAGGCUCUCAAGAGCAGCAUUGGUCUCAGCAGAAAGCGUGAGUAGCGCAACGCUGCACUUGCACCUUCCUCCCUCCUGGCGCGGCUCGAUGCUUGUGUUGGAGGAAUGGAUCAGAGAAGAUAGGAGAGACGUGAGGAUAGGAACGUAGCACGCUUCUUCUCGUGUUCGCCUUUCCGUGCUAGGCACGUUGCGCUGUCCUUCGCUCGACGGAAUGCGUGUCUCGCAAGCAUACGUUCUGGAGAAGGGGAAACCACAUCUUUCUUUUUCUGCUCCGCAGUCCGUCGAAGCGGCAGCUGGUGUUGCCUGCUCGUACGGAGCUUUGUUCUGGUCGAGGCGCUGACUAGCAUGCUCUUCCCUCCAAAUUGCUUCGCACGAAUGCGCUCAUCAGUGAUGCGUGCGGGCAAGUUCCUGGAGCACAUGCAGUCUGCUCUCAAGGCUACCACCAUCAAGGACCCCUUUGUCGCUUAUCUCGCUGUUGGACGCCAGCUGGGCUACAUGUGCUACCUCACUCUGGAUCUGCUACAAUGGGUGAGUGAUCAAAGUUGCAUUCGUGAUGUCCUGCCCUCGAAAUGCGACAGCGGGCAUUGCACUGACCUGCGCUGGAUUCCCAUUUGCGCAGAUCCACGGUAGCAAGGCCUACCAGUUCGCCCCCGAGACGGCCAGCGCGAUCAGCAAGAACGCCUCUCGAUUCUGGCUCACCGGGCUUUCCUUUUCGCUGUUGUCUUCCGGCUACAAGACGUACGCUCUUCGUCAACGAUUGGGCGCCGCUUCUCGUCCUCGCGCCACUGCCGAAAAGGAGGCGGAAAGGCGAGCUGAGUUGGCUCAGAUCAAGACGGAACAGGCUAGCGUCAGGUACCAAGCUACUCAGGACGCAAUCGACUGGUUGCUUCCCGCUACCGGAGCUGGAUUUUUGGACCUCGACGAGGGCGUGCUUGGUCUGGCCGGCUUCACCACCGCUCUUAUGGGCGCUCGCACCCAGUGGCGCGCCGUCAAUGGCCCUGCUGGCGCCAAGAAGUAA